CAGAAUUUAACCAAUGUACCGCUGUUCUUUGAAUGGAUGGCGAUGAGAACUUGUUAUUAUUAACCGAGCAUAACCUUUUAUUCCGUGUUUCGAUUUUAUUUUAAUUUCUUAACAAUAGGAACGUGCAUAAAACAGUGUUAAUGUGACGAUUUAGUGUGUUCGAAAGCUAUUUUGACGAUUACAAGGCAAAAAGAUGUUUUGCGUCCAGGAAACGGAGAAUCCUCAUACAGACCCAUUCUCGAAUUCUGACCAGGAUCCUCUGAGUAAUCCCAACCAAUCGGAGUCAAGUGACGAAGAGCCAACCGCCAAAAGACUGAAAACCAGUUACAACAGCCCAUCACUAAACCUGAAAGUCUACCAAAUACCAGCAUUCAACACACCAAAAUCCUUAUCAAUAUUCCCUUCAGCACCAACCACAACACUACCAAAGUUCGUUAACAACCCAUUGAAUUUAGCGAACCCGUUAGCUUUAAAUAGUUCCAUUGUUAACAAUGCGAAUAGUAUCGUUAAAAACCUGCAGUCUCGCUACUCGUUGCCUGCUAAAUUGACGAUAACACCGGUGCAAACUCCACAUAAGACGGACACCGCCGAAGUGGUACGAUAUAAGAAAAAUGGAGAGAUUGCAAAGAAAAGGGGACCGCCUAAAGGUUACAAGAGGAAACCUAAGACAGAUCUUUCUAUGAGUUUGACAAAUGUCUCCAAUGUUGCUCUCCUGCAGGCUCAAAACACAAUAUUGACCAGUUUGUUAGCUGCGUCAAAUACAACGCUAAGUUUGCCAUCUUCGAUGCCCGGCCCAUCUAUUCUACCUCAACUGGUGAUACCUCAAGAACCCAUAAAAGUACCUGAAGGCACGGAACUGUUGCAACUCGAGUUGGACCCCGAAGACUGGUUUCCAGCGGAGCCCUACAAGAUGAUCUUCAGCCGGAAGAAAAAUCCCAAAUGGAAAAGUUUCCCUCACAGAUGCGAGCACUGUUUUAAGGGUUACCGCGUAGUGUCCACAUUGCUGGCCCACGCGGCCGAGCGUCACGGCAGCGUGCCCCGCGAGCUCGCGAUACCGUGCCCCUGUUGUCCGCACGUGUCGACGCGUCGCAAGCAUCACAAAAAGCAUCUGGAGACGCAUGAAGGGAAGAGGCAUAGGAUAUUCUGUCUGUACUGUCUGCCGCCUGCUGACCCGUCGGAGCCGCACGUGAAAGAGUCCCUCAAAUACCCAUUCGACAAGUUCCCUCAGUAUUGGUACGCAUCAGAAGAGUCACUCCGUUUGCACAAGAAACGGAAACAUCCCUACGCCGCCAUGUACAAUUACAACUGGUUUGGUACAUGGCUCGACGGAAUGCCAAACAGCUAAUGAAGACAACAGUAAGUUGCAUUCUGGUAGUUUUUUCAGCAGUUAACCUGGCAACGUUGUUACAUUUUGGUAGUUUCUCAACAGUGGACCUGGCAACAUUGUAACUUUAGUAGUUUCUAACUGAUAAAAAUGUAUAGCUGAACUGUUAAUGAGUAGACGCGUGUCUUGAGCCAUUUGUAAGCAGCUGAUAGAGUAAAUAUUAAUUUGGUUAAUUGUCCAAUUAGCAAUGGACCUGGCAACAGAUCAAGCUAUUUGAUUUUUUCAGUAAUUUUCAACUGGCAACAUUGUAUAAUCAUUUGAAGGUAUGCCUACUGCCCCUGGUUUAGCACAUAGUUCAAUGAAAUGCCCAAAAAGUUUUUAGUAAUUUCUUUGCAAUAAAUCUGCCAACAUUGUUACUUCAGUAGAUUUUAAUUACCAACAUUGUAUAGUAGUUUUAGGAGCUUUUAAGUAGGUUUUAAGGUACGCCUUGUAGUUCUGGCUCAUAAGUUUUAAGCUUAGAAUUAUAAAUAACUUUACAUUUUAUUUAAUAUUAAUUUGAUUAUACAGUUAAUAGUAUUUUAUUGUUUUUGAUCAAAAAACAGACUGCAGACCGUGUUUUAUAGUUAUGUAGGAAUUAUAUGCUGAUCAAAUUAUUAUUUAAAACCUACAAAUUAUAAAUGAUAUGGAAGCAUAACUUUCUAAAUAAAAAGCGAAAACAUGGAGAGAAAACAACAUAAUUUUAACAAAUCAAAUAUCUGCAAAUGAAUUCGGCUAUCCGUUCAUUGGAUAACAUAAUGUUAAACGGAAAUCUCAACCAAUCCCGUGAUCGGCGUGUUGAUCGCAUUUUUUCGCCCCGCCCAUUUGAACGCAGUUUGCGUUGACCCACUUUUUACCGCAUUUCGUAUUCCAUAUCAUUUCUAAUUUAUUGAUUCAAAACCUAUAUAUACAUAAAGUGUGAUAAACAAAAAUGAGAGAUAAUUUUUAAGGAUUAUGUAAACACUACUAAAAUGGUAGUAAUUAUAAUAAUUUUAGUACAAAUAUUAUUUUAAUUUGGAACGAUCAUGAAUACGCGUAUUCUAUUUUAUUAGGAAAAUCUUUUAACUGAAAAAGUAAGGUUUAGUUGUAUUUUUAAUACAAAAAUAUAAGGUUAUUUUAUUUUUAAUUUCCGUCAUCAACCAGUUUUCAACCGACUUCGAAAAGGAGAAGUGUCUCAAUUCGUCAGUGUUUUUUAAUUUAUCAGUUUUUAAAUAUUUAUACAUUUUUCUAGUGCCAGAACAUUUAUACCUAUUAUAUGUAAUAAUAAUUAUAAUGCAUUCCAGUUUUAAAACAAUCUAAAAGACUGGAGCGCGCCUUUCAGUGUUGCUAUGUAACAAAUUAGGCCAGUAAUAUAGUAUUUUUGUAACAUAUACAAACUGUUGGUAAUCAUCACAAUAAUAUUAAUGUAUAACUAACUAUAUUUAUAUAUUAAUGUGUGUCUGUAAUAACGUCUCGACACUUAUUGGCUCACCACAAAACUCAGCUUAAGGUCUAAAUAUUAUUUUAAAUGGAUUUCUUUGUAAAUAUAGACUUUGUGAAGAAUUUUCUUAAAUGGGAUCCGAGUUUGAAUAGAUUUUUGAAGUGAAACUUCUUUCUGAGGAGGUGUAAAUGGAAAAGAUGAAACGGAAAUGCGACACGAGCGUCACACGACUAUAUAUAUGUGUGUGUGUGUGGGAUGUGUGCGCAGUUCUUCGCGACGAGCAUGAAAUCGGCGAAGGCUGAAACACUACCAGCGUCACACGUGAAAAUAUGUAUAUGUAUGUACAGGGUGGACCAACUAGUGACGUCAACAAUUUUUUUUAGAUUCCUCGCACCUGGGGGUAUCCGAAAACACCCCAUAUCAUUUUUCGUAGUAGAUAUUUUGCAGUCUUUUUUUUUGUGCCAUAAUUGUCUUGACUGUUGUUUUAAUAAUAAAGUAACUCAACUUCCUGCAAUUACUUAAAGUUACUCAAAAAGACUUGAAAGUUGGAUCUUUAGUUUUUAGUAGGAUUUACUCAAACCUUGAACUUCAAUACGAAAAUACAAAAAGGAGUUUCCAUAGCUUCUGGCUAAAAUUAAAAACUCCGCAUGCUUCUAAACUACCAAAAAUUAAUUGAAAUUUUUGUAAAAUAACUUUAGCAUGUUGAAUUUUAUAAUAAUUUCGGUGUCACCACUAAGAUUUAAA